AUGUCUGAGAUCAUCCGGGUGCAGUCGCCAGAAGGGGUGAAGCGAAUCACGGCCACGAAGAGAGAGACGGUGGCCACGUUCCUCAAGAAGGUGGCAAAAGAAUUUGGUUUCAGGAAUAAUGGGUUUUCCGUGUACACCAAUAGAAACCGGACAGGAGAGAUCACAGCUUCACAAAACAAGUCCCUCAACUUGCUGAAAAUCAAGCACGGUGAUAUGCUGUUCCUCUACCCCUCCAGCCCAGCUGGCUCCUCCUCAGAGACCAUGGACACCUCUGUCUCCCAGGGCUUGCGGCCCGUGGGGGCCCCCCAGGUGGUGGAGGAUGAGAUCGACCAGUAUCUGAUCAAACAGGAUGGGAAGAUUUACCGAAAUCGAGACCAGCAGCUGUGUCGCCACGGCCCCCUGGGUAAAUGUGUGCACUGUGUCCCACUGGAGCCUUUCGAUGAGGAUUAUUUAAACCAUCUGGAACCCCCUGUGAAGCAUAUGUCCUUCCAUGCCUACAUCAGGAAGCUGACUGGAGGGGCCGACAAGGGGAAAUUUGUUGCCCUGGAAAACAUCAGCUGCAAGAUCAAAUCGGGCUGUGAAGGGCACCCUCCUUGGCCAGAAGGCAUUUGCACCAAGUGCCAGCCAAGUGCCAUCACCCUCAAUAGACAGAAAUACAGGCAUGUUGACAACAUCAUGUUUGAGAACCACACCAUUGCAGAUCGAUUCCUCGACUUCUGGCGGAAGACGGGGAACCAGCACCUGGGGUACCUGUACGGCCGGUACACGGAGCACAAGGACAUCCCCCUGGGCAUCCGGGCCGAGGUGGCUGCCAUCUAUGAACCCCCCCAGAUUGGUACACAGAACAGCCUGGAGAUCCUGGAAGACCCAAAAGCUGAGGUUGUGGAUGAGAUCGCCGCAAAGCUGGGACUGAGAAAGGUUGGCUGGAUAUUUACUGAUCUGGUCUCUGAAGACACACGGAAAGGGACUGUUCGGUACAGCAGGAACAAGGACACGUAUUAUCUCAGUGCAGAAGAGUGCAUCACAGCUGGGAACUUUCAGAACCAGCAGCCCAACAUCUGUCGCCUUUCUCCAGAUGGUCAUUUUGGAUCCAAGUUUGUCACAGUUGUGGCUACAGGUGGUCCCGACAACCAGGUCCACUUCGAGGGCUACCAGGUCUCCAAUCAGUGCAUGGCUCUGGUCCGGGAUGAGUGCUUGCUGCCCUGCCGGGACGCGCCGGAGCUGGGCUACGCCAAGGAGUCCAGCAGUGAGCAGUAUGUGCCUGAUGUCUUCUACAAGGACAUAGACAAGUUUGGCAACGAGAUCACGCAGCUGGCUCGCCCGCUCCCGGUUGAGUACCUCAUCAUCGACAUUACUACGACUUUCCCCAAGGAUCCAGUCUACACGUUUUCUAUUUCUCAAAAUCCAUUCCCCAUCGAGAACCGCGACGUGCUGGGAGAGACUCAGGACUUCCACAGCUUGGCCACGUACCUGUCCCAAAAUACUUCCUCUGUUUUCCUAGACAUCAUUUCCGAUUUCCACCUGCUCCUCUUCCUGGUCACAAACGAGGUCAUGCCUCUGCGGGACAGCAUCAGCUUGUUGCUGGAAGCCGUGAGGACCAAGAAUGAGGAGCUAGCACAGACCUGGAAAAAAUCAGAGCAGUGGGCCACCAUCGAGCAGCUCUGCAGCACAGUUGGUGUCCAGAUCUCAGGACUCCAGGAGUACGGUGCCAUGGGCAGCUCGACACACGCGGCCUCGGCAGCCAUGUGGGGCUGCCAGCACUGCACCUUCAUGAACCAGCCGGGCACAGACCACUGCGAGAUGUGCAGCCUGCCCCGCACCUAG